UCGGCCUCCUCGCGCAACUCCGUCUCGCUCUCACGUGCGCCUCCACCGGGUAGCCGCAUCCCUCUCGCGGACCCCUCGCAUUCUUCCUUUUAUUCCGAGCUGUAAACUCUUUUGCAGGGCCGUAUAAUCGACUUCGAAGAAGCCUCCGAGGAACACUCAGGUCCGAGAGGCUGCCGGGUCCACUGGCAGAUUUCUCGUCCAUUAACAACCUUCCUGAUUUUUCUUGUAUCCCUUAAUCUAAUCCUGACGUGGCUUAAGUUUCGACUUUCGGGACCACGUGAAAUAACUGAACGCGUUCUUUUUUUGUUUCCGAAUCCGGACAGCCCUGCAGAGAUCUCUCUUCAUGUUACUCGAUAUAAUUCGUUUGCAGGUGGGUCGUGAUAUGCGCGUGGUGGUGCAUAAUGGCCAGAAAAUGGACGAGGACGGCCGGCAACUGCAAGGAGGAUAGUUUCGGGUUGCAGCAGGGAUUCUCAACCGUCGCCGCCGUCGCGGCCUGGGGUCUGCCCGCUGCACACACCAUCGCCGUGCUGGUCACAAGAGAUGUCGACGCCGACGAGUUGACCGCGAACUGCUUCGUCGGCCAGCAGAACACGCGCUCCCUGCUGGUGCUGGUGCUGGUGCCGCAGUUUCUCUAUCUCUCAUUCGGCAUGACGUUUCUGCUGAUCGGUUUGGCGUCGCUGAUGCUACUACGACGUCGGACGGUGACAUCGGCGUUAACCGCGACGUCGUCGUCGUCGUCGGCAGCGGGAGCGGUGACGGCGGCGUCUCACGCAAAUCCGCUGAUGCGCCAGCAACGUGAAAUACCGGGCAAACUGUCGCCGGCUGAGAUACAUCGGCGACAGAAGCGGCUAUUGACGCGCGUCGGUAUCUUCAGCUAUCUCUACGCCGUCCUGAUAAUAUGCCUCACCAGCACGACCUUCUACGAGUGGUGGGGCAGGGAGACGUGGCUGCGGGCACCGGAACCGUCGACGGCCCCGCGUGUGCCCGCGCGGCCGCUCCUGCAGGUUUUCGUGCUGCGAUUAGUGAUGACUCUCGGCGCCGGCGUCAUGUCAGCCGCGUGGAUCUGGUGGCCGGAAGUGACGAGCGUGUGCCGCAGGCUGUCGCGCUGCAAGCAGCCGCCGCACAAGUGCCAUCCGGUGCCGGUCGUGCACUGUUACAGCGCCGGCACCGCCAGCCCGGUGCCGCACCAGAUUCAUCAUCUCGGGCAUCUCGCGCCGCCGCAGCAUCCCCUGCUGCAUCAGCAGGCGAUCGCGGGCUCGCAGAUGCCGCACAGGAACCACAAGAAGUAUCGGAAGCACCGAAAGUAUCAUUCCGGCAGCGAGACGCAAGUCUGAAGUCGACGAGCGAAUGCGCAAUCGAGCUGUCCGCCCCCAAGUGCCUUCAAUGUGUCGUUAUACAUUUGACCUACGGCACACAAAAGUGAUACGAGCGAGAUAUUCGGUCUGCCCAUCUCUUUGUGCACGGACACUUGAAAUUGUCCGUUCUGAUUAACUCGAAUUAUUUGUUGCAUCGCUCGCUCGAUAAUCUCUUCCUGCGUCUUUCGGAUUCGGCAACAAAUAAUGCAACUACUUUUAUCUCACGAUUUUAUAUAAAUGUAUAUGGCUCUCCUUUUUAAGCCACUUGAGACAGAACGAAAUUUUUAUCAAAUAUCCAUAGCGAGCGAAAUUGACCUUGCUUGUUUUUGUAGACUCGCGUAAAGCUAUAAUCUACCGGAAGUUUAUGUGUUCUGUAUCAUCGCGUCUUGCUUCCGGACACGCCAUUAAAUUUAUCCGCUGAAAUGUUCGUGGAGAUGAGAGAACGUGGCGAGUGCUAAAUUUAAACUUCGAAGAAUGGUGGAAUAGCGGCCGGGGAAGAAUGUAUUCAUUCGGUCUCUGCCCUUUUAUUCGUGUGCCACUGUGUGGUGGUCAGGCGUAAACGCACACGACUGCGCGCGGAGCAUCGCGCGCGCGCGCGCUUUGCCGCGAUCGCACCUUUCAUUCUGUGAUGUAUAAUUUCCGACGGUGCGAUCUUUAUUUAAGCUUAUCUAUCGCUAUCAGGAAAUGAAGUUUACUCAGUGUACAGUGCCAAUUGUAUUCCAUUAUAUUAAUAUACUCAUUGCGAAUGAUUUUCGCAUCGUAUAAGAAAAUAAUUGUAUAAGCGAAGUAAAACGCACGAUUCGGAACGAGUAUGACGAAAUUGUCCAAAAAGUUUACUAUUAAAAUGUUGCUGAUCGAUGUAGUAUGUAAUAGAUAGAUUUUAUAACAGAACAUGUGUACAUAUAUUUUCUAUUAAAAUAAUUGUAGAAAAA